AUGUCUUUAAUGCAGGAUCUUGUUUACUCCCUCUUCUCCAAUCCUACCACUUUACUGGGGGCAGCUGCUCUCCUGCUUCUACUUUGUUUUCUUGUUUCUGGAAGUACCAACACAGACGAGACACGUAAAGAGCUUCCAGGACCAAAACCUCUGCCUCUGAUUGGCAACCUGCUGCAGCUAGACCUCAAACGACCCUUUGAAACGCUGUAUGAGGUGAGUUGACCUCUCCACAUUAGAUAAGCUCCCUCACUGUCCACUUUUAAAACCUGUCUUAACCAAAACUCCUUGGCUUUUGACCCAGUAUGAGACGGCAUUUCUUUAAAUGCUUUUUAUUAUAUUCUAAAACAACUUUUUAUUGUUUAAUGUUUUUAUGUUAUGUACAGCACUUUGAGUCAGCUUUGGUUGUAUUUUAAGUGCGCUAUAAAGUUGAGUUGAGUUUAGAGAUACGCCUUAAACAAAAUCUAGUGUUCAAGCAUGUUAUCUGUAAUAGUUAUAAUGCCUUUUUUUCAGCUUUCGAAGACAUAUGGCUCUGUGUUUACCGUGUAUUUUGGACCAAAUAAAGUGGUGGUCCUUGCCGGGUACAAGACAGUCAAAGAGGCUCUGGUGGGUCAUGCAGACGAGUUUGGAGAGCGGCACAUCUUCCCUAUAUUUUAUGAUACAAAUCAAGGCCAUGGUAUGAACCAAACAUUACACAACAGAAGCAAGAUUCGGUGCCUGUUGCCAUAGCAUGCCUUCAGCCUGAAUAAUCUUCCCAUUAUGUUGAACAGGGAUUGUGUUCGCUAACGGAGACUCGUGGAAGGAGCUGAGACGAUUCGCCCUGACGACCCUAAAGGACUUUGGGAUGGGCAAAAAAAUAGCAGAGGAAAGAAUUUUAGAGGAAUGCCACCAUCUGAUCCGGGUAUUUGAGCAACAUGAAGGUAUAGAGUUCAUGUUUUAUUAAAUACAAAGUUUGUACUAAAAAAAAAUAUUCUUUAUCAUUUUAGAUUUUUAAAGUUUCAUCUCUCUACAAUUUUUGAGAAAGUUUGGUCCGUUUUUUUUCUCCUAACACAUGAUUCACUUGAUCAUGUUGUAUUUAAUAAUCCUUUUUUUUGCUGUUCAACAGGAAAACCCUUCAAUACAUCACGCCCGAUGAAUCAUGCCACAUCCAAUGUCAUUUCCUCCAUCGUGUAUGGCAGCAGGUUUGAAUAUGACGACCCCAGAUUUAAAUGCAUGGUGAAAACGGCCAACCACACCAUAUCCAUUGUUGGUUCUGCACAAAUCCAGGUAAGUUUUUGGUCUUCUUUGAAAAUUGCUAAUGUCACUGAAUGUUAUUCAGUAGUUCUGUUUUCGUGUAAAGUCUAUGAAAAACUGUAUUUUGGUUGCAGUUAAAUCUUUGUAUAAUGUCUGAUUGUUGUUGUUGUUACAGCUUUUCAACAUGUUUCCCAGGCUGUUUUGUUGGAUUAAAAACCGGCAGCAGAUAUUGAGAAACACUGAGACCCUGGUUCAAAAUGUCAAAGGGUUACUCAAGGAUCUGACUGAAACUCUGAGCCCUCAGAUAUGCAGAGGGCUUGUGGACUGUUUUCUGAUUCGAAAGCAGAAGGAUGAGGUACGACAACAUCUUUACUGUUUUAUAAUGAAAGAAGUUGAUUCACAGGAGUAAUUUGUAUUUCUUCAUGACAGGACUCUCAUGAAACAGACUCCUUCUACAAUGAGAAAAACUUGAUAUUUACAAUCACCAACCUGUUUGCAGCUGGUACUGAUACCACAGCGACUACACUGAGAUGGGGUUUUCUGUUUAUGGCCAAAUAUCCACACAUACAAGGUAAAGUGUCAAAUCUGUAAAGAUACUUAAUAAAAAGUAGAUUUAGAUUGUUUGUGCUAAGAUUUUAAUGAAGAUUCUCUUGGAAUCAUUUUUUCGGUGUCAAAUGUUGAUAAAUGUUUAUUUUACAGUUUAUGAUGGAAGUUCGGUCAAAACUGUUUUGUGUCUUGUCAGCAAAGACAGAGACUAUUCUUAUAAUAAUACAUUUUAUUUAUCAGCGCCUCUAUCACGCCCAAAUGUCACUUUCCAUGCAAAAACAGUACAAAAAACCCCAACAAGAUAAAGCACAAGGAUUAUGCGAUGAAAUGAGGAAGUUUUGGAGCAGCUGAGUUCAGAACCAGUUAAAGUUUAUCCCAAAAAACCUGAGCCUGGUUUUCUCACUGCUGGGAUCCCUCAGGGUUCUACUCUGGGUCCCCUCACUUUUCCUUUUUUAAAGUUAUUGCACCUCUUUUCUGUGAAUCUUGCUGAUGGCAAGAAAAAAUCAUUUAGAUUUAGCUUAACAACAACCGACCUGUUUGAAUUUUAGGUCUGUCACUCUUGAAGCAUUUUCCAUGUUUUUAGCGUCCAAAUUUCAGUUGUACUGUAAACGUUGUUGACUCUUGGGUCUUUUUGUAGUAGAGUAAGACAAAGUACUUAUGUGUUUGUGAUCAUUUGCAUGUUCAGAAAAAGUCCAUGAGGAGCUGAGUAGGGUGGUGGGGAACCGAGAGAUCAGGGUAGACGAUCGCAAAAACCUGCCGUACACCGAUGCCGUCAUCCAUGAGACACAGAGACUGGCGAACAUUGUCCCCAUGAAUUUACCUCACCAAACCAGCCAAGACGUCACCUUCCAGGGACACUUUAUCAAAAAGGUAAGGUCCUCAUAUAUGUUUCAGUAAUCCUCCACUUUAUUCUUAUUCUUUACCUCCAGAAACAUUAAUUUUUCUUGUUUAUUCCUUCAGGGGACUAUUGUGUUUCCUCUUCUCAGUUCUGUUCUGCAUGAUGAGAGCGAAUGGGAGACUCCUCUCAACUUUAACCCCUCCCACUUCUUAGACAAAGAUGGUAAAUUCAUGAAGCCAGAUGCCUUCAUGCCGUUUUCUGCAGGUAUGGAAACUUUUAUGUCUUUUUCAGGGAUAAAUAACUCAAAAUGAUCCAGUUCUGAUCCUAAUAAAUCUUUCCUUCAGGUCGUAGGAUGUGCCUUGGAGAAGGUCUGGCCAAGAUGGAGCUCUUCCUCUUCUUCACCUCUGUCCUCCAGAGAUUCAAGCUCACUCCUGCGCCUGGAGUGAAAGAAGAUGACCUGGACUUGACACCAGCUUUGGGUCUGACAUUGAACCCUUCACCUCAUGAGCUCUGUGCUGUGAGUCGCCAAUGAGGACAAGAUCUGUAGAUGAUGAUACCCGCCAGGGUUUAAAAACAGGAUGUGAUCAGCAGACAGUGCCCCUCUAUCACCUAACAGAAGAUCGAUGGUUUGAUGAGGUGGAUGGUUUCAUGUGUAAAUGGAGGCAAGUGAAAGAUUAAAUAAAAUUUUUGCACAUACUAUUUCCUUCUUUGUUUUUUAUGUAUUUUUUUUAUACAGCCUAUGGUGUUUAAGUGAAAAAACAGAGUAAAUCACAUCCUAUCACUCCCGUAUACCUAUAAAGGAGUUUAGUAAGUACUUGCCAGUGCAUGUAAUUACCUAUAGAGAGUUCAGACAUGCAAAAGCUGCUCGACCAGUUUAUUUUGUACCUUUGAGAAAACAAAUACUUCGAGAGAGAUUUUAUUUCAGUUGUUCUGAUGCUAGGAAUGUGCUGCACGAGGAGCAGCUGUAGAUACAGAUCACCUGAUGAGAUGCUCACUAGAAAUCAGAUGGUAGCAGAGUCUCAUAUACAUUUUGUGUGUUUAUAUGUUGCCUUUGUUAUAAAUCUCAGUCCUCUAAAAUCUUUGUCAAGGACUUAAAUCAAUCAAAAAUCCAUCCAAAAUGUACUUCUUUCCAGGGUAACCCUGGAAAGUACACCAGGCAGCUUUUGUGCAAAUGCAAAUAUUUCCACAUCAGACCUCUAAAGUUGAGGUGCAGAGCUCCCAACAAACUUCUGUCUCUUAUUUGAUACAGAAAGAGUUGUCAACCUUAAACACAGACACAGGAACUUUAGGUUAUCCUCCAUUAGCCCCGACAGAACAACAGAUGGCGGUAUUUCCCCAUUAAAAACCUUUCCCUAUUGAUUUGCCAGUCCAGUAAGAGAAACUGAGGGGGACGGACACAGAGAAUUACAGAAAGUCAACGGUCCAAGAUUAAGUAAAAAGGGAGUAAAGAAACAGAGUCUGUGAUUUUUAAAGUCUGGUGUGAAGUUUCCACAGCCUGUGGUGAUUUGGUGUGCUGGUGAUCCAGUGGGUCCAGAGUUGAUGCAAUCUAAAGUCUACAACAAGAUUUUGAUACUCCCAUCUAAGAACAACCUUCAUGGAGAUACCUAUUUUACUUUCCUGGACAGAUUUAGUGCCUGCCUACAGCACCAAAACUACCUCAAAUGGGCUUUCGGAUCAUGUUGGUACUGAGCCAGAUUGGCCAAACAGCUGACCUGACACAAACUUUAUGAAAUAUUUGUCAAAAGGGAAAUUAAGGAACACCCAACCCAAAGAAACUUGUCCAGAUCCCACCAAGAUUAAACCCUGGCAGAAUCUGUUAUAGAUUUUCAACCAACUUUAUUUCACUUUGUCUAUCUCCAGGUGGGAGGAGAGACGACUGCGAUAACUUACAACACACUUGGUAAAAAGCCAACAUAGAUAAUAUUUACCUAGGUAUAAAUAUGUCUGAGAUCUAGCUUCAAGGCUCACUCAGAGGAGAACCAGCAAACAGAGAAGAUGUCUCUAAUGCAGGAUCUGGUUUCCCUCAUCUUCUCCAGUCCCACCACUUUACUGGGGGCUGCUGCUCUCCUGCUCCUUCUCAGUUUUCUUGUUUCCAGUAAUCUAAACGCAGAUGGGCGCAAAGAACCUCCAGGACCAACACCACUUCCUCUGAUUGGCAACUUGCUGCAGAUAGACCUCAAGAAACCCUACCAAACCCUCAUUGAGGUAAGUGUAGAGAUUUACCCUGAAAAAUGGGGUUGUUGUAGCAUGCUGAGAUGUGCUUUAUUUACCUUUUUAACAGCUUUCGAAGAAGUACGGCUCUGUGUUUACGGUGCAUCUCGGACUAGAUAAAGUGGUGGUCCUUACCGGGUACAAGACAGUCAAAGAGGCUCUUGUGGGUCAUGCAGAAGAGUUUGGAGAGCGGCACAUCUUCCCUGUAUUUUAUGAUAUAAGUCAAGGCCAUGGUAAGUCCUACCUUUACAAACUUCAGUACCAGCACAAAACCACGCCACGCAGCCUGAAUUAUCCUCGUGUCGUGUUAAUCAGGGAUUAUAUUUAGUAACGGAGACUCAUGGAAGGAGCUGAGAAGAUUCGCCCUGACGACCCUGAGAGACUUUGGGAUGGGCAAAAAAACAGCUGAGGAGAGAAUCCUAGAGGAAUGCCAACAUCUGAUCCAAGUGUUUGAGGAGCAUAAAGGUAUGAAGUCAAAGCAUAUUUUAUUUUUAAGAAUAACGCUUAGGAAACCAAACAAAUGGUGACUUAAUAACUCAAAAUCUGACACUUUAUAGGCCUACCAUUCAUCUUUCUUGACCGUGAACUUAGCCAUUACCAUUUGGUGUUAUUUUUGAUUUCACAAAGUCUGAACUCCAGCUUAAAUAUUCAACUUGGUAAAAUGAAGCCGGUUUAAUCCUAUAAUUGCAAUUAUGAGUGUGUUACACAAAUAUAACAAGAUCAAAUUGAUCCUGUUAGUCCUAUAAAAUUAUUCUCUUUUGCUCUUUAACAGGAAAACCCUUCGAUACCUUGCAACCAAUGAAUCAUGCGAUAUCAAAUGUUAUAUGCUACAUCGUAUAUGGCAACAGGUUUGAGUACGAUGACCCCAGAUUUGAAAGAAUGGUACAACUAGCCAACGAGAAUGUACGUAUUGCCGGGUCUGCGCAAAUCCAGGUGAGCUUGACUGUUUAACCCAGUGAACUGAAAAAAAAAAAAAUGACAUGCAGAACUGUAAUCAGCAGUAAAAAUAUAGUCCAGUACAGUUUGAUAUUAUGUAACCUGAUUUUUAUUGUUGUUUUACAGCUUUACAACAUGUUUCCAAGGCUGUUACGCUGGAUCAAUAACCGUCGGCUGGCUUUGAGAAAUAAUAAGAUGGUUGUCGGCAAUGUGAAGGAGUUAACCAAGAAUCUCAUAGAAACACUGAGUCCUCAGUUAUGCAGGGGAGUGGUAGACUGUUUCCUUCUCCGAAAGCAGAAAGAUGAGGUACAACAAGAUCUUAACUCUUUAUUUGUUUUCGCCAUGAAAAAGGACAUCAUAGAGAAAGUUUGUGUUUCUUUCUUUUAGAAGUCCUCCGAUAAGGACUCCUUCUACAAUGAGAAAAACCUGAUAUAUACAGUCAUGAACCUGUUUGUAGCUGGAACUGACACCACAUCUACUACACUGAGAUGGAGUUUUCUGUUUAUGGCCAAAUACCCACACAUGCAAGGUAAAGAAAGUGAUAAGACUUGUGAAUAUAUAUGUUUUACCAGUGCUGAAUAACACAGGGAUAAAAUCUGUGUUUCAACCUUGAAUCCUCAUUGCAGGGAUCCCUCAGGGUUCUGUAUUUGGUCCCCUAUUGUUUUGUCUUUGUAUCCUGCUUUAGAGUCACUUUACGCUGUGGGACCAUUUCAUAAGACAAGCUACAGAAAUAGAAUCUGGGUUUAUAUCUUGGAUACUUAUGACAGGGAUCCCUCAGGGUUCCGUCCUGGGUCCCCUAAUAUUUUCGCUUGGAACCACUUUACUUUUUCUAUAAACUCAUUACUUUUUCUUUAAAAUAAUAAUUUAUGUCCAAAUAUAUCCCUUCUGAAUCAGUCUGACCCAUUAUGUAAAACCUAUAAGCAUAUAAGAUUAAAAGUAUUUUGAUUUGAUUUGAUUGGGGUGAUGAGUUUUGCCCCUGAUUUCCAAGUCUUUUUAAAAUAAUUGCUGAAAAUUAAUGUUUAUUUAGUCACCAUCUAUUCUAUGCAUGUUCAGAAAAAGUCCAUGAGGAGCUGAGCAGGGUGGUGGGGAACCGAGAGGUCAGAGUAGAGGAUCGCAAAAACCUGCCGUACACUGAUGCUGUCAUCCAUGAGACACAGAGACUGGCGAACAUUGUCCCCAUGAAUUUACCUCACCAAACCAGCCGAGACAUCACCUUCCAGGGACACUUUAUCAAAAAGGUUAGGUCCUCAUGAAUGUUUCAGUAAUCCUUCACUUUAUUCUUAUUCUUUACCUCCAGAAACGUUAAUUUUUCUUGUUUAUUCCUUCAGGGGACUAUUGUGUUUCCUCUUCUCAGUUCUGUUCUGCAUGAUGAGAGCGAAUGGGAGACUCCUCUCACCUUUAACCCUUCACACUUCCUUGAUAAGGAUGGUAAAUUCAUGAAGCGAGAUGCCUUCAUGCCGUUUUCUGCAGGUAUGAAAACUUUUCAAAUCUUUUUUACAGAUAAAAAACUUAAAACAAUCCCGUUCUGAUCUUUAUAAAUCUUUCUUUCAGGUCGUAGGAUGUGCCUUGGAGAAAGUCUGGCCAAGAUGGAGCUCUUCCUCUUCUUCACCUCUGUCCUCCAGCAAUUCAAGCUCACUCCUGCACCUGGAGUUAAAGAGGAGGAUCUGGACUUGACACCAGUUCUGGGUCUGACACUGAACCCUUCACCUCAUGAGCUCUGUGCUGUAAGUCGUCAGUGAGGACAAGAUCUGCACAUGAUAAAUUGCUAAUAUUAGAUUUUGAUGUUAAAUGUUAUAUUCAAAGUUUUAAUGUCAAAUUUAAACAUUGAUGUUAAAACUUUGAGUUAAUAUAAAGUGUUUAAUUAAAAUGUUUAACGUAAAAUCUAAAUGUUUUAUGUUCAUUAACAUGUUGAAUGUUUAAAUACAAAAUAAAAAUGAUCAGCCCUGGCACUCAUGGUCUUGUUUGCUUUCGCACGCCAUAAAAAAAAGCAAUUAUAUGAAUUUUAGUACAUUAUAUCGAAAUCAAAAACUCCUUAUUAAAGCUUUAAGUCCUUAUGUUUCAAUAUCAUUCCUGAUUUUAUAUUAAAUCUCAAAGAUUUUAUAUUAAAUGUCUAUUCAAGCAGGAUAUUAAAAACAAUGAAAUAAAAUAAAUACAAAUACAAAUACCAAACCCCACCCACCCUCCCAUCCCCAUUCAACACAUACAGCACUUACACACUCACACACACACACACACACACACCCACAGAAAGGACCGAGUGAGGACUCUUGAACUUGCCACAGAUGACUGAGGAAACGUUAUCUUGAGUUAAAAGAAAUAAUGAAACCCUGGAUCAAGGACUAAAACAAUAAAACCAUAAUAAGCUAAAGUUAAAUAAUGCCUUUGGUGAAACCAACGUCAUACCUCUGUACAAAUGAACUCUACAAAUUACAAAUUAAACAUAAGGUCCAACUAAAUGGAUGGAGUUUAGUCAGUAAUUGCAUGGACACUCAAUUAUAGGGGAUAGAAUUUCCACCAGUGAGGGAGAUUUUCAAAAACAGUCCAACCAGUUUGUCGAACAUCUCUGUGCACUUAAAGACAUGAAUAAGAGAGAUUUUAUUUCAUUUGUUCUGAUGUUGAGAAAGCCUGUAAAGGGACAGACCGUCUAAUCUCAGCCUCUCGGUUAUGGGCCAUUGGCACAGAUAAACCUGAUAUGAGUUGGGAUAUAGCCGGGGCCUUAAGAAGUGGGGAUAAAGCCAAAGGAGGCAAAAGGGACAAACAAAACCGACAGGACUGAAACUUGGCUGUUUUAUGUACGUUGUAUGAGCCCUUAUGAAAUAACUUAAAGCAAACCAAGCAUUUCAUUAUCACUUAACUCUAUAAUCUUAUUUCAUCAUGUGUUUCUUUAUUGUGUAAAAACAUGUUGCACAUUAACCAAUGAACUCAUGUGGAGAAUUAAAUAUUAUGUAAGCGUAACGAGAGACAUUUUGUUGGUGCAGGUUAAAGGUGUUACUCAAGAUGUAUAGACACUAUUUCACCUGUUUCACCCUUCACCUAGAAAGAGAGAGAAGGAGGGAGAUGACACAUUUGAUAUAAUGGCUGUGGACCUCAAACAGCACUGACACAAGUUUGUAACAGAUGCAUAAAAAAGAAAAACAUAAUUAAUGUUUGGGAAAACCACAAUGGGGGCAGCUUAACUUGUACAUUUUCAACCAAUAAAAUAUCCAUUAUACAGAGCGCUGUAGAGGUGACUGGACAUCUGUAAAUGAUCAAUUUUCCACUGGAGCUCUUUUCAAGUUCAUAAACAUAUUCAAACAGACAGUUAGCUUAUGGGCAGGGAAUUUAUCUGGGGUUAAAGUGGUCAACUCUGUAGGAACAAUGACGCUUAUCAGACUGUGUAGAUGAGUUACAAGGGCGGUAGCAGGGGAGAAAAAGUUCUUCAAGGUGGUUUAAGAUUAGCUGUAAAAUGUUUAUAUUAUAUCUAUUUGAAUCAUGAGCACUGGAGUUCACAUCAGGACGGAGGAUCACUGUAUCUUUAAUAAGCAACAGAGCAUAAAACCAGCCGUGUGGAGCCUCAGAGAUUAACAAUUUUCCCUAAAGAACCCAGAACCAAGAUGGUCUUCUUGACCGGCUUGGCUCGGGCAUCAGAACCUGAAAAUGUAAAUACUCUUACUAGAUCUUCAUAGUUGGGAGUUAACAGAUACUUGACCUUCCAUCUGAAUUCAACACCGGGACUUAUUACUUUAACCUUCAGAUUAUGAGCCGGUAUAUAUCAGCCUCAGAACUCACACAGAAGGCACAGUUAGCUUAAAUUAGCCUAGCUGAAUGACAAACAGAGCGUUACAGUGUUCAGUUGUAGCUCUUAGCAAUUAUGUAAGGCAGUCAGUGUGUUAAUCUCAUCAGCCUUGAUUGGGACAUACAUCUGAAAAUCAUCAGCAUAUCACCAGAGGAAGGGGAAACAAUUAACGCGGGACCCAGGAUGGACCCCUGAGGUACACCACAGGAGAAAACAGCCUUCUCAGGCCGGUGGGGAUCAAGAGGAAUAGAAAACAAGCUGGGACUUUUGGCACAAGACUAAAACUAUGUGUGAAAAUGUUUGGUUUAUUCAAAUCAAUAUGUAAGGCAUUUGGCAAUCUGCUAAAGGACUAGAUGAAAAGCACCCCUUAUAGAGACCUCUAUCUUUUUGAAUGAAUAGGUCACGCCCAAUUUUUUUCUCCAAGGACUGUAACAACUGCAGAUUUGACUAGAUGCAGGGAGGGGGUUUCGAAUUGUUGCUGAUUCAUUUCGAAGUCAAGACGCAGGUGAAAUGUUAACAGGGCUGGUUAUAGAUUAGGACUUGUUCACCAAGUAUUAAGAGAAACAAGAGUAGACAACAACACCGUCGUAUGUAGUGUAUUCUUGUGAUAAUGAGGUGAGACUGUGUUAAGUGAAGGUAUCAGCUCUCUUUCUAAUAACACUGUUUAUCUUGUUGAUGUCUGUGUUUUUUGUCGAGGAACACUGCAGAUUACAUUUACACGCACACACACACACACACACAUACACACACAAUGGUAAAGCUGUGCUUUAUGACUUUAUGAAUGCAGACUACAGGGUGUGUCUCAGACACGCUCCCUCUCUCACAUCUAUAGUUUCACACCCUCAGCUGAAGAAGAUUAGAGAAGGGCUUCACGCCAACACUGAUACAUCUUAAGCAGACAUUUCCUGUGAUUUUCAAAAUUCCUUUGGGUGUUAUACUUGAAAGUGAAGCUGUUAUGGAGAACCUGUUUCUGCAGUCCCCAGGUUUAACCACCUUAUUGGGAGCUCUUGGGAUGCUACUUGUCUUCUAUGUAUUUUUUCCACGUCAAAGUAAGGAGCCUCCAGGACCACGACCACUGCCUCUGAUUGGAAACUCGCUGCUGCUGGAUAAGAAAUCACCUCACGGCACCCUGAAUGAGGUGAGAGCAUGUUACUGGAAAGCACAAGUUUGUGCAUGUUUGACUUCUUUGCAUUCAUUCUUCUUCUUCUUUUAGCUCUCCAAGAAAUAUGGGCGGGUGUUUACUUUCCAUUUUGGGCCCCGAAAAACAGUGGUGUUAGCAGGUCAUAAGAUUAUCAAGCAGGCUCUGGUCCACCAUGAUGCAUUUUCAGAGAGGGAGGUUCUUCAACUUGUUCGUGAUAUGAAUUUAACAAAUGGUAAUGGACUUUUUUAAAUACAUUUUCAUGUAUUUUUCUGCUCUGAAAAAUUGCUUCCUAAAACAAUGACUGUCAAUUUUUUAAAAUCUUGCCUCCUGCAGGAAUUUUAUUUGCAAAUGGACCCUCGUGGAAAGAAAUGAGACAUUUUUCACUGACCAACAUGAGAGACUUUGGGAUGGGGAAAAAAGCAUGUGAGGAGAAAAUCAUAGAAGAGAGUCAACGUCUGAUUGACUUACUUUCAGACAAAAAAGGUAAUCUUUUCUUAUUAUCCAUUAUUAUUUGUUAUUAUCCAUGUCAAGUGAGAUUACUUUGACACCUUUUAUCUAUUGAAGGUGAAGCCUUUGACCCAGCCUGUCCGGUAAACCAUGCCGUUUCCAAUAUCAUCUGCUCUAUCGUCUAUGGAUCUAGAUUUGAAUAUGAUGACCCAGUGUUCAUAUCUAUGGUGGACAUAGCUACAACGAACACUAAACUCCUGGGCUCUUCUGCAUUACAGGUACAGAAUCACAGAUCAUGUGAGGAUAGGAGUCAUAAACAGGUGAAAGAGCGUAGAACAGAUGGAUUGAGACUGCCCAUGCAUGGGCAUCUGGACAAGUUAUAAAGUUUAGUAGAGAGCACUUAAAGCUGGCAGCAGGACUUGUUUACUGCAGUUCAAACACAUGGUUAGGUUAAUUAGUGUGGAUAUAAAGAGCUUUUAUGGUCUGGCAGUAUAUUUUAGAGGGAAAGUGCAGAGAAAGGGACAAGCAGGUCAGAGAUGAAAACCAAAUAAACCUCAGUUCAACAAAAAAAGGGGUUAAAAAAACUGAAAUAUUUUUUAAAAACCUUUUAAACCUUUGUUAAUUUAAGCUUCUGAGAAAUAGAGAAAUAUCUGUACCAAUGAGACAAGGCUGUGAUUUUUUAGACCCCAAGGCAGCUCCGCUCCAAAGAUAGACGUCACUCUGUAGUGCAGUGGUUCUCAAGUCCAGUCCUCGAGGCCCACUGUCCUGCAUGUUUUGAAUGGUUCCCUGCUCCAACACACCUGAUUCAAAUGAUCAGCUCGUUAUCAAGCUCUGGAAUGGCUGGAUAACGAGCUGAUCAUUUGAAUCAGGUGCGUUGGAGCAGGGAAACACCCAAAACAUGCAGGACAGUUGGCCUUGAGGACUGGACUUGAGGACCACUGCUGUAGCGGAAAUCAUUGCAUCGACUCAGAAUCAAAUCUAAAAUCUAGUGUCAGUGAACACAGGGUGUUGCUGCAUGUUUAAAAACAGGUUGAACCAUAUAUAAGCAUGAUUGAGAGAUGCAAAUUUGAAGAGGAAAGAAAGCACCUGGCUUGCUAUUAGUGUAUAUCUCAUACGGCAUCAUCAAAGUUGGUAUGAGGAGGUGCCCCUUAGUAUGAGAAGCUUUCACAUCUGGGUUUAAGAGCAACAUUUGCUGCCAUCCAGAUAAUACCUUCGUCAGAUUGUACAGAUUAUAAAAUUGUGGCUUGACGUAUCUUUACUUUUUCUACAGCUGUAUAACUUCUUCCCAAGGCUGUUCAGAUGGCUUGGGGCCCAUAAACAACUAAUGGAGAACAUCUUCAGUAACAGGACACACAUAAAAGAGCUGAUCAAAGGUUUGAAGGACACCCUCAAUCCACAGAUGUGCAGAGGUGUGGUGGAUGCUUUUCUGGUUCGCAAGAUGAAGCUUGAGGUAAACUAGAAAGAUCCGCCCUUUUGGGAUUGUACCAACCGAAAUAUCUUCAGUAAAUACCAGCGUCCUCUGUGAGAUAGCCUGUCACAUUAUGAUGUUCAGAUGAUGAUUGUAUUCAUUUAUAUUGGCUUGAAGGCAUCAGGGAACAUGGAGUCUCACUACCAUGACGAAAACCUGCUGAUGACUGUUAGUAACCUGUUUUCUGCUGGCACAGACACCACCUCAUCCACCCUCAGAUACGGUUUACUGCUCAUGGCCAAGUGCCCAAAAAUACAAGGUGAGCAAAAAGAGAUUAUUGUUGGGUCAGUUUAAUGAAAUCAUACUCCUAAAUAUCUUACUGUUUAUAUUCUUCAACACACCCACUGUUUGAUAGCAUUUUCUCUUUUUCACACCUGCACUAAUCAGUAUAAUAUAGAUAAUAUACAUAAUAUACAUAAUUAGAUUUUUUGUUACCAGAUUAGAUUAGAUCAGAUUAGAUAAGAUUAGAUUAGAUUCAUCUUUAUUGUCAUUGAACACAGUACAAGUACAGGAACAACGAAAUGCAUCUUAGCAUCUAACCAAAGGGGAAGGUAGAAAAGUGCGUUUGGUUAGAUGCUAAACUGCAUUUCGUUGUUCCUGUACUUGUACUGUGUUCAGUGACAAUAAAGUUGAAUCUAAUCUAAUCUAAUCUAAUCUAAAGUGCUGCUAUCCACAGCAUAAUAGAGCCAAUGACUUUAUUAUACAUACUGUAUAUUUCAUCUCCCAGACCGGGUCCAGGAGGAGAUGGACAGGGUUAUAGGAGGUCGUCAGGCACAGGUAGAGGACAGGAAAAACCUCCCGUAUACCGAUGCUGUUAUUCAUGAGAUACAGAGACUGUCCUGCAUUGCUCCUAUGGCUGGACAUCGUACCACCCGUGACGUCGUCUUCCAGGACUACCUGAUUAAGAAGGUGAGAAGAUUAAAUACUUGACAGGAUGUGUUCACACAACAGAAAAGUCUCCAUGUGUUUUAGUAAAAAUCAACCGCUGGUCAGGAAAUAUACCUCUCAGGGGUUACAUUAAUUAGACAAGGUUUAUGACCCCUACUGCAGCCAGCCAGUAGAGGGAGCUCUAAGUCUUAUUUCUUCACAGUCAGUAAACUCUUCAGGUGAACAUUUUCAUUCAUAGUCUCUUACUUUACUUUGCAAGUGAGGAGUACCAAGGUUUUCUGUGCUUUUUGAUAUUUGCAGAUGUAGAAACAUUUAAAAAAAUUCAUGGAUUGUAUUUGUUAUUAAAAUAUAGAUGAGAGUCAGUCCGGUGAAACAAAAGUUCUGUACGUCACUGACUGUUUUGUGAUCUCCAACAUGAUUCAGGGGACUCCAGUGCUUGUUCUGCUUUCAUCUGCUCUUUUCGAUGAAGAUGAGUGGGAGACACCCAACACUUUCAACCCUGCACAUUUCCUGGAUAAAGAUGGAAACUUCACAAAGAGAGACGCUUUUCUGCCUUUUUCUGCAGGUAAUUUUGUUGAUAUUACAAGAAGUUUAAGGAGCACAUUUACACAAAGAUGUGACGUUAUUAUUAUUUUGUUUCAGGUGCAAGAGUUUGUGCAGGAGAGAGUCUGGCUCGAAUGGAGCUGUUCCUCUUCUUCACCUCCCUUCUCCAACGCUUACGCUUCACUCCUCCACCUGGAGUCAAAGAGGACGACCUGGAUCUGACUCAGCUAGUCGGCGUAACCCUCUCUCCUGUUCCUCAUAAGCUCUGUGCGAUCAGCAGGAUCUGACAGUCAUCAAAAGUGAACAGACUGCUAUCUCACCAUCGAAAUCUUUGCACUAAUUAAUCAUUAUUGUGAUCGAUUAAAAUGUUCAGUUCAUUUCUGUGAGUUAAGGUGUGUCUGGUUUUGGAAUUAUUGGGGAGAGUGGGGUAAGAUGAGCCAUUUUUCAUAUUUCUGAUCACUACAUCAAGUCAAUCAUAGUUUUGUCUCUAAAUAGUGUUCAUCCCUGCAAACCAGCAGAAUGAGUGUAAACAGAACUGUCAUGAUAAUAUAGCAUGCCAAAAAAAGUGGUCUCCUAUGGUCAACUUACCCCGUUAAUGGGGUAAGUUGACCAUAGGAGCGGGGUAAGUUGAGCCGUAUCCCAACUACCCCCCCACUCUCCCACUCUCCACACCAUCUCUCGCCUUAAAUAACAGUCACUUCUUCACAUUCAUGUGUAUUUUUAUCUAUUAUACACUUUUCAACCAGUGCAAUAAUUCUUUUUUAUUAUUAUUAUAGAUAACUGCUAAAAAGCUGUUUUCUAAAAAGUCAUUUAAACAGGAGAAUGUCUUUAAGUGAUUCAGAACAUUUACAGCUGUAUUCUUGAAAAGAAAAAGUAAAACAUUUCAACAAUCUGCACUGAAACUCCUCUCAUCAGACUCCAUUCUUAGUUGAGCUCAACCUAUCCCAGAACUACGAUGAUGACUUUAUUAGUCCUCCGAGCUAAAAUGGUGGACUUUUAUAUUAGGUUUUUGACCUCAUGUUGUAGCUCAUAGAAACCACAAUUAAUGUGUAAAACAAAUUUAAAAUGAUCUUUUUUUGUCUGAACACAAUUCUAAUAAAACUUAUGACAGACUAAAUUCACUUUCAAGAGUGAAAAAUGAUUUUUUGUUGUUGUUGUAAAUAAAUGUCUUCUUCACCCAUGUGCUUCUAACCUUCACAGACUCCAUGAAUUGAUGCCCAUCUCAUAAAUAUUUGGUCACAUGAUCAAUUUCUUUUACCAUUUUCCAAUCAACAGGGGGUGGAUCAACUUACCCUUUGACUCAACUUACCCCACUCUCCCCUACCCAGAAGGAAAAAGAAAAGACCACAAUAAAGCACUGAUAAAGUUUUUCUUUCUUAUGCCCCAAAAAGAAACAUGUUUUUUUGUAUAAACAGUUACUAUAAAUUAGCAAACUGCUUUAAACUAGGACAAACACUAGAAUUAAUCAGCUCUGAGUUAGUUUUACAAACAAGGCCUCCACAUGAUGGGAGUUUUACCGUCUACUACUAGUAGACCUAUUGACUGAGCUACUUCAACCACAAGGAGGCGCUGCAUGCAAACCUCAACAGGUUGCAGACAUUAUACGGUACAUUCAUUUGGGGUGGGUGCCGAGGAAGACUCGGUACAACAGGUCCCACGUUCAGCAGUAUAUGGAGUUACACCUGUGGAGAUGACAAAACUCUAAAUAAAAAUAAACAAAUUAUAAAAUAGCUGUAGAUAUAUAUUCCUUGAGAGCGUCUCUCCCUCAUUGGCGCCUCUUUACUAACACGACGGGCACGAAAAGUGUUGUUUCCUGGAACCGUUGUAAGCUAACCACCGCUGAGUUUACACUGUAAUUGGGUGAGUCAAGCUUCUGUUCUCAUGUCACCAACUUAUAUAAAAAAACACGUAUUAAUACAUAAAAUUCUGGUAACUAAUGUAAACGUGUUUUUGGAGUUUUGUGUAUCGAGUCAACUGAGAAAAGACGCCAAAAAUAUGAAGGCUAAUGCAAGGCUAACGGUUCUUUUUUUGGACGUCCGUCGUCAUGGUAACUUAACUGCUGCGCCUCUGUAAGGAACAGAUGUGCUGUGUUUAGAAGAGCUACAAUACGAUUUUACCUUUCUAUCUUCAUAAAAUGUGAUUCUUAGAAGUGUAAUAUUGUCAUAGUGAAAUGUUUGAGCUGAUUUUAUUACACAUUACAGUUUUUGUAGCUCACUAGACUCUUUUCUUUCUGCGUCUGCAUCAGGCUAAGCCAAUUAACAACUUGUUGACAACUGUUUUGUAACACUUGUCGAUAAAGUCAACAUUAACCUAAUUAGAUUUUAAAACGUAUUGAGAACAGCACUGUUUAUUACAGCAUGAUUUAACAAAAUUCAUCAAACUUUGAAGGUUUAUAGAAUUGAGGUCAUCUGACUCCUCUCUGGGUGAAGCCUAUAUGACAACAGCACCCCCUUGUGACUGGUUGCAGUAUAGAUCAUCAAACCCGCCUCCUCAAGUAAAACAGAAGGAACUGCAGGCAAACUUAAAUAAUAAUUUAAUCUCACCCCAAAUGUUGUCACAUCUGGCUGUUUUCCUGAUACGUUGGUAUUGUUCUCUUUGUUAUUUCCUGAAAAGUUUAUUUUUUAUGAGUUAUUGCUGUUAUAAAACCCUGUUUUUUAUGUGAUAUUUUGCCAUCAUAGACAAAUGCCGUUCAUCCGAAAUGGUAUAUAAUACUUUAAUACUACAUACAGUCUAUGGUGGCAACUCUUAAUCCACCUUCUCAAACAUUAAUAACUGCUUUCUUCAUAUCCAUGAUUAUGUCAUUUAGUAAAAAAGUCAGAAAUGUACGUCCCAUUUUUGCAAUAAACACAUGUUCAACUGGCUGUAUCAUUAAGUUUUAAAUUAUAUCAAAGUUAUUAAUUUGUUUCCAUUUACUAAAUUGUCUAAAAAUACAAGGUACAUUUUACUUAGUGAAAGGUAUGUAUUAAAUGAAACUGUUUGAGUUGCAAUUUCUGCUUCUUUGGGCUCACUUGUAUUUUAGUUGAAUUUCAGCCCCCCCUUAAAGCCUGUAUUUUUGCCCCCUUUUGGGCAGGAUUUUACUCAACACUAACCCUGGACACAUCAUGAUUUUUUCACACCAGCUCAAUGUGAUAAUUGUGUUGUGGAGCGGGUUAAAAAAAGGAAACAUCAAAUGUAGCGGCUGUGUUGAGGCUGCGGCUUCAUUAUAUCCAGUGCUGGGAAGUGCAGUUUGCUCAUCCGUCCAGAAGGGGUCUCAUGUGGUCUAUACCUACUAUCAGUAAAGCUGAGGACUUCAAUCAAUACAACACUAAGUAUACAAGACUACAAGACAAUGAAUUGUGGUGCUUAAUAACAAGGUUUAUAACUUUUAAUCACAUACGUUUCUUUGUAUGUGUUUUGAGUUUUGAAAAGAAAAAAGUUGGGCUAUCACUUCAGCUGUGUUGUAUGCAAUACCUGUGCUAUCCCCAUCACAUUAGGAAAAGUCAUGAAAUAUGAAGUAAAAAUAAAUUAAACUGUUAUUGUAUGAAUGAUAAACUUUGAAUUGGGUCAAAUUGACUCCAAGGAUAAUCGGAUGGUUAAUGUCUGUCCAACUGGAUCAAGGCUAAAAUCAAUCCUCCUUUAUAAAAUAGUUGAGGAUUAACCCAGAAAUCGGUGUGUGGUCCCAAAGUUUUGGCUAUAAAGGUACAACUUUGGUUUGAUUCCCUGCUUUUUUGGCUUUACACUGGCACAACUUGCAUUGUGUAUCAUGUUAAGUCUUCUAAAAUAAAAUAAUUUUUGUUUAAAUCCUGACUGUUUUGCCAAAAUGGACUACUUUCUCCUGGAGUCUCUCAGUACAACAACAUUUUUGGUCACUUUUGUCCUUCUUUUUGUUUUGUACGUACUCUUCUUCAGCUUCAACCAAAGAAAGGAACCCCCUGGCCCAUGGCGUCUGCCUGUGAUUGGCAACUUGCUGCAACUGGAUCCUAAAUUGCCAUGCACAUCCUUUUAUCAGGUAUGAAGACUUUAAUAAGUGUUAAAAUUAUUUAAGAGGCAGUUGGAAAGAUCAACUGAUUUGACAUGUAAGUCCUGGUUUUCUGUUUCUUUCUAUUCUUUAAUAAUCACUUGUUUUUAUUUGUGUUUUAGCUGUACAAGAAACAUGGACCUGUGUUCACUUUUCAUUUUGGGCCCCAGAAAACAGUUGUGUUUGCAGGAAGCAAGACAAUCAAACAGGCUUUGGUCAAUAGUGAUGCAUUCUCAGAGAAAGAAGUUUCCCCAAUAAUCAGUGACAUGAAACUAACACACGGUGAGGAGGAACAAGACCUACUGAAUUUAUUUGAAUGAAUCGUCUUUCUGUUCUCUACUCUCUGCUUAUGUAAAUGAUACUAAUAAAACAGAUUUUUAAAGACAGAUCUCAACUUUUUAAUCUGCAGCGAUUGGAUUUUCAAACGGAGACAUCUGGAAAGAAUUGAGACAUUUUGCGCUGACUAACAUGAAAGACUUUGGGAUGGGAAAAACAGCAAUCGAAGAGAAAAUCAUAGAGGAGAGCCAACGACUGAUCGAACUAUUUAUGGAAACAAACGGUAACCAAUAUUAGAUGUAUGUUUUAUCUGUCCCUUGUGUUAGCUGUCAGGAUUUAUGGCCCCAUAUCUGAUGAUAAUGAAGUUUUUAUUUCUCUUAUAGGUAAAGCCUUGGAUACAACUCAGCCGAUAAACCAUGCCGUCUGUAACAUCAUCUGCUCUAUCGUCUAUGGGCACAGAUUUGAAUGUGAUGACCCAGUGUUUGUUUCCAUGGUGGACAGAGCCUCAAAGAACACUCAGCUCAUGGGCUCUCCCUUGAUCCAGGUACAAUAUGCGAUGCUUAUGUAUGUUUUAUAAGAAAAAAUUGUCAGACAUAAUGUAACAUGUCACAGUAGGUUACACUAUUGUUGCUGAAAUGAUCACAAAUUACACACCUCAACAGUGUGUGCAGCAGGUGGAAGAGCAAGUGAAGCUGCCCCUAGAAAUACUGCAAACAUUAAACACCUUUCUGAUGGCAAAGUGCAGAAAAUAUUCAAAAUAGAGAGAACGGUCAUAUAAUUAAGCUUUGGUUUUGUGUGUCUGUUUUCUCUCAACAGUUGUAUAACUUCUUUCCAAGACUGUUUGGCUGGCUUAGAGUCCGAAAGCAGCUGAUCGAGAGUUCAUUUAUAAACAGGAGACACAUCAAGGAGUUGGUGAAGGGUUUACAGGACACCCUCAAUCCACAGAUGUGCAGAGGUGUAGUGGAUUCCUUUCUGGCCCGGAAGCUCCAGCUUGAGGUACAUAGAAACUCCUGAGAAGUUUUCAUGUUGUUCUGAUCCUGAUGCUUCUAAAGAUCGAUCUCCAAUAUUUAAGUUUACUGCACGACUGUGUUCACGCCUUUAAGGCCUCUGGUGAUAUGAAAUCUCACUACACUGAAGACAACAUACUGAUGACUGUUGCCACCUUGUUUGCUGCUGGCACUGACACCACUUCGGCGACUCUCAGAUACGGUUUAUUGCUCAUGGCCAAGUACCCUGAAAUUCAAGGUAAGGAGUAUUUAUUGAUAACACAUGAUUGUAGUGUACUUAAGGUUAUGCACUUUAUCACUACUCUUUAACUGUUUAUGUUGAAAAGUGACUUUUCGCAACUGUUCUAAAUAGUUCUGCACUUAUUGAUCGAGGAGUCUUUUAUCUCUCAGACCAGGUCCAGGAUGAGAUUAACAAGGUGGUUGGGAGUCGACCAAUCAGAGUAGAGGACAGAAAGAGACUUCCAUACACCAACGCAACCAUCCAUGACAUACAGAGAAUAACCAGCGCAGUCCCAAUGACUCUACACCGCACAACUCGAGAUGUCCUCUUUCAGGGAUACUUUAUCAAGAAGGUGAAGCAGCCGUCUGAGACAUCAUCAUAGGCUGUCCUCACUCAGACUUGUUUGGCACAUAUUAUCCUUUAUCCCAACACUUUGGCUGGCUGGUUGGUACCAAACGUACCUGGUCCACAGUCUGCUGACCUUACUGGCACAAGUUAGAUUAAUCAUCUACCGAGGCAAUUGUUGAUUGCUCUUAGAGGAUACAUCCAUGUCUGUCUUUCUGGGGUGUUUGAUGAUUAUUUGUCUUUGUAUCAAAUAGUAACUCAGAUUUAUGUUGUUCAACAGUAGAAGUUGUAUUUGAUAUCUAGUAAAUCUGCGGUAUAAAAGACAAAGUAGAUAAAUGACAUGCCCAAUAUCAGUGAUUGUAUAGAAGCCAUGACAAUAAACUGUUAAUGUGCUCCAAAGUUAUUUUAUUAUGUACUCUGUGAAACGUUUUCACAUGUGAAAUGUUAUCAUGUCCGACUCCAGGGAACUCCAGCUCUUUUCCUGCUGUCUACUGCUCUUUUUGAUGAGGAUGAAUGGGAAACACCUCACACUUUAAACCCCGCACAUUUCCUGGAUAAGGAGGGAAGUUUCAGGAACAAAGAGGGUUUCCUUCCAUUUUCUGCAGGUAGUUUUAUUUAAUUCAACCUUUUUAUGGGCAAACUGACUCAAAGAUGUGUGACAGUAUUAUCAUGUUGUUUCAGGUGCAAGAGUUUGUACAGGAGAGAGUUUGGCUCGGAUGGAGCUGUUCCUCUUCUUCACCUCCCUCCUCCAACACUUUUGCUUCACUCCUCCUCCUGGUGUCAAAAAGGAAGACCUGGAUCUGACUCAAGUUUUGGGCAUUACUCUAACACCAAAACCUCAUAAACUCUGCGCUAUCAGCAGGAUCUGA